UCCUGCUGACUGCAGGUCAGUUGGCUGUCCUCCACAUGGGUAUCUGAUAUGAAUGUGAGAAUGCGAUGUCAGCAGAAUUUCAGGGCAUUUCUGAGAGGAUUUGUAGGAUUUUGUUUAAUGGUGCAUUGCAAGGUUUUUUUUAUGUUUGUUUGUUUACCAGUCCUGCCAUUUACUGUGUUUUUGAUGUUUUCUUAAGGAAGGAAGCAAUCUUAAGCAAGGAAGCAGAAUUGUUUGUAUUAAUCACAUCCCAGGUUUUUGUAUGUAAGCACUUAUACUGAAUAUUUUAUGUGAGGCUUAAAAUAAAACAAAGAUUUUGGAGUAAGUUCUACAGAUAGUAAGAAUCCAGAUAUACUUGCUCUUCAGUUUUCCUUUAUGGCCUGCUUAGUAAUUCUUUUUCAAACUAAGUGUGACACUACAAUGUGUAAGAGUGGGAUUGAGUUUGGUUUUUGGAUAACCUCUGAUUCAGAUGAUUUAGGCUGCAAGUAAUAUAGUAAAACUUCACAAAAGUAACUGCAUAUUAAAAAUCAGUUAUUAAUAGAGAGUAUAAAUGUGAAAUUUAUUUUCCAACAGUGCCAAAUUAGUUCAGCUUACAACAGGACAAAUGAAAAACUUAAAAAAAUGAUAAUUAAAGAAAUUUAUCAGGGUCUCCUCAAUUUUGAAUUUGUAGAAAUCUGUUUUAGUCACAUAAAUAUUGUAAAAAAUGAAAUACAGCUUGUUAAAAACAUUAGUUUGAUGAGAUGUCGUUGCUUUUAUUUUUCUUGUGACUCCUCUCUUAGUUCUGUUUAACUGAGGUACAGUGUUUCACAGGGUAGUUUAUUACAGAGUUGUUGAUUCAGGCUUAAGUUAAGGAAGGCCUGUCCGUGUUGCCUUCUUGAAACGUUUAAGUAUUUUUACUUAGGUUUUCAUGGAGUCUGAGUUUAAAUCCACUAAAAUUAAUAGACUGGUAUUAUUCACAGCAGGUUUUCUUGUACUUACGCAUUCUGAAGACUGGGGAGGAUUCUUAGAUCGGGGUCUCAUAACUGUUUGGUCAGGAAAGUUGGACAGUGAGCAAAAAGCAACUCACUAGCUGCAUGAUCACUGAGAGAAACACACACAGCUUUUUGGAAACUUCUGUAUAGAUUUUUUGUAAUAAAUAUAUGAACUUAGGAGUGGAUGGAGCAGGGGAAGGGAAGGAGGGGAAAAAAAAAGAACAAUUCAAGAUGAAUAGCAGUGAGAACAGUUUAAGAAAGAGCAAACUAAUCAAAAUAGCUUAAUGUAAAAAGUCAUAACACUGAUGGAAAUCAUUGAAAAUAUUCCCUAAGGCGAUAGGUUUAAAGCACCAUCUGAAGGUUAAGUAAUCAAUAGAAAGAAAUCAGUUUUAAUUAAGUUGAUAGUAAUUAGAUCUUGUACUUCAGAGUAUGAGAUUAUUAGUUCAACUAUCAGUAAAAUGUGUUCUCUGCAUUCAUUGUGGAGUGGUAGAGGAUUUUACCUGUUCUGCUUUUUCUCAGGUGCUGGCUACUGCCGUAUGCAUGCUGCAGAUUUGAUUUAAUUUGAUAUGGUAACAGAGAAAAAUGAAUUUCAGCAGUGAUUUAAUGGAUAAAAUUACUGUGGGAAUUUUGUUCUGUUGCUUUUGUGGAUACAUAAUGCAAAAUUUGUACAAAUGACUGCCUGGAGUUCAUUUAAAUGCAGAAAAAAUUCAGGCAGUUGGCUGCAAUAGUCUUCUGAUACCAACUUAUAGGUUCUGUGCUAAAGUAACAAAAGAUGAGCCUUUUUGCUCAUCUUUCAGUUGCUUUCAGCAAUAUUUAUGAUGUAUAAUCAUAUAUAUAAUGUCAGAAUGAGGUGUGUAUUUCUUUUGUUGUCCAUUAAAAAUUAAAGAGAGGCAGGUUGAUAACAUGAAGUACACCUGAAGAUCUGGGCUCAAAUCAACAGGUUUUUUCCACUGUUUAUCUACUUGUUAGUCACUGUGGUCAUGUCAUUCUCUUUAAAGUGUUAUGCUGGAUUUACAAAUGGUUUCAUUUUUAAUGAAUUUUAGAGAUAUUCCUGGGUGUAGGUUGCAGAGAACAAUCUUAUGUUUCCUUGUGACCGCCUGCAUUUUUAGGAUGUUCUCGUGAAUCAAAUUGGUCAUGACAAUGAAUUUCUUGAGCUAUGCCAGCAGCUUGGAGGAAGGGGCAUUUUCUCAGCCCUGGCUCUUGGUCUUGACUUCUCUCAGGUAGCAGUAGAUCUGGAGGUGCUUCGCAGGGGGUAGGGAGCUUCACAGUUCCUGUGGACUCUCAGAAGGUCUGUGUCACACUUCAGACCUUAUUUCAUCACAUUUAAAAGCCUGGGCUGCCAUUUUGUUCUGGAAACUUUCUAGCUUCACAACCUUCCAUAGUGUCAUUUUGCUGGAAGAGGUAUUUCAAUUGUUUCACCACCGAUUGUAUUUCAUGCUGCUUAUUUCAUUUUUGAGGAAGUUUCACUUUUGCUCCUGAAUAGUUGUUGCAAAGUCCAACAAAAUAUUUCCUAUUCAUGUUAGUUUAGACAAAAGAGUCUGGUGUAGAGCUGUCUUUUAUGCUCAUCUUUCUGAUGGCAGAUUUUAAAGAUAUUAUUUCCCUUUUGGUGUUGGAAGUGGUUGGGUAUGUGUGCCCAGCUAUUGCAUAUCUAGUAACAUUGGAAAAGGUGUUCCUGGCAUGCUGUCACAUACUGAUUUCCCAUCAGUACUGAUCAGUUCCAUACCUCAUUUUCACACUUGAGGAUUUUGGCAUGCAGACCUAUGUAAGGAUCUCUUACCAGGAAAGUACUGAACUACAUCUGCAUCUGCUAACAGUGGCACAUGAUCACACUACUGUGUGAAUUAUUCUUGCUCUGGACAAAGCUAAACUCAAGUAUGGAUAUCAAGUCAUGGCAUAGUAUCUACCAUGCUCCUCUCUGGUCCAGUUUCUGUUCCAUUGACUUGAGGUGUUACUUUUUCUGGAAGUCUUCACUAUGUACAGAUUUGUCUGUAUCUAUCAGGAUGUUCUUGGAACAUUUAUCAGAAGAAACGAUCAUACCUGCAAACUGUCCUCACAUAGGUAACACGUGAGCAUAUUGUGAAUAUCAAGGACAUUGAGGUGGUGUUAGUGUCUGUUGGACUCUGAUAGCCAAGUACCUUGCCCAUCAGUGUACCAGUUGGUUCCUGAGUCAGUACCAAGAAAGAAUAAAGAACUUGAAGAUGUGAUAUAACGAUGUCUGGGAUGAUAUUAGACCUCUCAGACAUGGAAGAAAAUCCUGCCUCACUUUUGGCACUUUGGAAGCAGCACCAAGAAGGGUACCCAUAAAUUUUCUGUUGGGAGAAGAGAAGGAUACUUCAUUCAGACUCAGAAUCUGAAUACAGACCAGGACAUGUCUGAGACUGUGCUGGGCAUCCAGAUCUCUUUGUAGAGACAGAAACUCCAGAGACAGCAGCCAAGUGGGUUUGGGAGGAGACAAGCUCAGGAAAUAAGGGAAUCUACUCAAGAUACUGCAGAUUUACCAAGGCCACAGUUGGAGAAUUCUGGCUCCCUAGCUGAAGCAUUUGAUCAGAUGUCUGGCAACAUAAGUGAUGAUUCUUGACAAAUUUUCCUGUCAACAAAUGAAAAACAAGAAAAAUGUGUUGCUUUUUGACUACUAGAGAGACAUGGGAAGGGACAGUGGAAUUUACAAAAUGCAUUCAGGAAAAUGGAAUUUCGAAGAUGCUAAACUAAACUGAUUUUCUGAUUGUCAAGACAAGUCUAGGGAAGAGGACAGAGAAACUAUGGCAGGGAGACUGCAUAAUGGGGAAAAGAAGCUGGAAGAGCAAGAGUUCCAGAAGGAGCUCUUCAGGGAGUACAUGCAUUGCCCGAAGGCAGGCUGCACGGCUUUAAGACAACAGCAGAAAAGAAGAAAUGGAGUCUCAAUGAUGGUAAACAAGACUGUUCCUCGUGUUGUUUUGACACCAUUAAAGGUGUCUGAUGAGCAGUCGGAUUCACCUUCAGGAUCUGAAUCUAAAAAUGGUGAAGCAGAUGGUUCUGAUAAAGAGAUGAAACAUGGACAAAAGUCUCCAACUGGAAAACAAACAAGCCAGCACUUAAAGAGGUUAAAAAAAUCUGGUUUAGGACAUUUGAAAUGGACCAAAGCUGAGGAUAUUGACAUAGAAACACCAGGAUCUAUUCUAGUGAACACCAACCUGAGGGCUUUAAUAAAUAAACACACCUUUGCUUCUUUACCUCAGCACUUUCAACAAUACCUCCUGCUUUUGCUUCCAGAAGUAGACAGACAGAUGGGAAGUGAUGGAGUUUUGCGCCUCAGUAGUUCUGCUCUAAACAAUGAAUUCUUUGCGUAUGCAGCACAAGGGUGGAAACAACGAUUGGCAGAAGGAGAAUUUACUCCAGAAAUGCAAUUGCGUAUCAGACAGGAGAUGGAAAAGGAAAAGAAAACAGAGCCUUGGAAAGAAAAAUUCUUUGAAAGGUUUUAUGGUGAAAAAUUGGGAAUGUCAAGAGGGGAAUCUUUGAAACUCACUACAGUGCAGAACAACAAUGAAGAUGACAGCAAUUCUUUGUGUGGAUCUUCUGGCACACCUGGUCCUUCUAAGCAAGCAACCUUUGAGGAACGUGAACAAAAAGACACUAAAACUCCAGCACUACCAGAAAAAGAUAAUGGUCCAUCUCUUUGUGAUAUGGAGCAGGUUCCUGUCAAGAAUCUUGUGGCAGAGACAGAGGAUAUACUGAUACCUGAGGAAUCAAUAAUUCAGGAGGAGAUUGCUGAAGAGGUUGAGACUAGUAUUUGCGAAUGCCAGGAGGAGAACUAUAAAACAGAACAGGAGUUUUCUGAGGAGUCAGAAAGUCCAUCUGGAACAAAUGAAGAAACAGAGGCAGUGCAGCUUCCAGACAACGCUGAGUCCUGUGUCAUGAUGAAUGAUGUAACUGAUACUGCAUCUCACAUUGAAAUGAAAGUGGAGUUGAAGUCAGAAUGCCCUCAGGAGGAGAUGUCUGUUGUGAUAGAUCAGCUGGAGGAUUGUGUAUCACCAGCACGAUCAGCUUCAUCCACAAAUUCUGUCAGUGAUACAGUAGAGAAGGAUUCUGAUUCUGCAAAAGAGCUAAUUGCUUCAGAAAUGCAAAAUGCUGCUCUGGAGGGUUCUUUGUUCACUGGUGGGGGCAUUGCAGUGGAUAUGGAGCUUCAAAGUGACCCUGAGGAACAGUCAUCUGAGAAUGCUUGUAUUUCUGAGACUUCCUUUUCCUCUGGAAGUCCAGAAGGACCGUGUGUUUGUAUUACAUCUCCUGGAGGAGAUACUCAGUCAACUUCAGAGGAACCCUGUACCCCAGCAUCUCUUGAAACAGCUUGUUCAUCUGAAGUGUCCAGUACUGAAAACACUGAUGGUGAUAUUCAGCAAAAGGCCACUGAUGAGAACUUGCAUACACCUUUAAUGUCAGAAAUCUCUCCAAUGUCCACCUCACCUGUAACCUCAGAAGCAUCUCUGAUGUCAAAUUUACCUUUAACAUUAGAGGCGUCACCAGUUUCUAAUUUACCUUUAACAUCAGAAACAUCUCCAAUGUCUGAUUUACCUAUAACAUCAGAAACAUCUUCAGUAUCUUCUGUCCUUCUGACUUCUGAAACAUCUGUGGCAAAUAGUUUGCCUCUUCCAUCAGAAACAUCUCCCAUUUCAAAUUCCCCAAGCAACGAAAGACUUAUUUUGCAACAAAGGAAAUCACCAUGUGUGUCAGAAGAGUCACUCCCUACUUUAAAAGAAGAAACCACCAUUCCUAAGGUGGUUCAAGAAGAGAAUCUUGUUGUUCAACCAAAGCAACUUCAGAGUGCACCUGAAAAUUUGAAAGUGGGUCCACUAACAAUUAUACCUGAUACUUCAGCACUGGAAGAGCCCCAAAACAAAAACCUUUGUCAUCAGCCAUGUAAGUCACAUUCUGAAAUUGAGAAAUCCUACAUUGCUUCCAUCCCAGAACACUCCUCCCCUCCAGAGGUGAUCAAAAUUAAAAAUCACAGUAUUCAGCAACGAGGUGACAAGAAGGGCACUCUCUUGCCUUCAGAGGUAGCUGUCUUACCAGAAGGAUCAACAGGCAAAAAUAUUGAACUCUUUCCAUCAAAGCAACAUGAAAAGCUAUAUACCUCAUCUCUAGAUAAAUCUUCAUUCUCCGAAGUGUGCAGAAGUAAGUCUCAUAAGCUAACAGGCGGUGCCCAAAGCCGCCUAGAGAGUUCGCAUUCCUCCAAAUCAUUAGAAACCACAAAAUCACCUGAAGUGAGGAAUGAAAGUAGAGACCCAGAGAUCCCAAAGAGGAAAACAGCAGAACAGCACAGUUUUGGAAUCUGCAAAGAGAAGAGAGCUAGGAUAGAUGAUGAUCAGCCUAAUCGUAGUGCUUCAUCAACAAGUCCAUCUGAUAAAGAUCAGCCACUCAGAGAAGAACCCCGAGUUCCACCCCUUAAGAUUCAACUUUCAAAAAUUGGACCACCUUUUAUCAUCAAGAGCCAACCUGUUUCAAAACCAGAACCUCGAGUUUCCCCAAGUACAUCGGUCAGCAGUGGAAGGAACACUGGGGCUAGAACUCUUGCAGAUAUCAAAGCAAGAGCUCAGCAAGCACGAGCCCAAAGAGAAGCAGCAGCUGCAGCAGCUGUGGCCGCAGCUGCAAGCAUUGUCUCUGGAGCAAUGGGGACUCCAUGCGAAGGUGGGAAGACAAGAACGCUGGCACACAUCAAGGAACAAACAAAGGCCAAGCUAUUUGCAAAGCAUCAAGCCAGAGCUCAUUUACUCCAGACUAAUAAAGAAUCAAAGUCACAGUUCAACUCAAAGGAAAGUACCUCAUCUCUAGAAGUAUCAGCGUCUACUGAUACAAAGAUUGAAGGUUCUACUGGUGUCAUUAUAGUUAAUCCUAACUGCAGGUCCCCUAGCAACAAAUCUGCUCAUCACCGUGAGACUACCACUUUAUUACAGCAGUCACUUAACACAGCUACAUUACCAGAAACUGCUAUUGAGAUACCGGUGCACAGUUCUGAUGAGAAUAUACCUAUGCCACAAUUGUGUGAGAAAAUUAUUUCAUCUACCUCUACUGAAAGUAACAGUGUGAACAGUGUGCCAGUGCUUUAUAAUAAAAGUUCAGUCUCUGUGUCUGUUUGCAGCACUGCUAUGUCUGGAGCAAUUAAAGAACUUUCUUUUGCAAGUUCUGUUGAUAAAUCCUCUGUUUUAAUGUCUAUUGACAGUGUGAACACAGCAGUUUCAGCUUGUAAUAUGAAAAUGCUGAAAUCCAUCCAAGGGGCUGAUACUCCAUGCAUAGCCGUUGGACCAAAAUGUAUUGAUAACAGUAAUGUACCGGUCUCCAUAGACAGUACAGUUUUAUCAAAUGCCGUCGAUGAUAAAAGGUUGCCAAUACCAAGUAGCAAUGCAAAUAAUGCAGUCUCCGGUCAUUAUGCCGCUGUGCCAGCUUCAUCCAUUGCAAAUAACUUGCCAAAUCAUCUCUCUGGUAGUUCUGUGUUGAUUCCCCCAGUGGGGACUACCACCAGAUUUUCUUCUGAUAAGAUAGCCAUAACAGGGUGUAACGAGCAAAGCGCUGUUUCCAUCCACACUACCGUCAGGUCAGCUUUAAGUUGCGGUGAGGCUGUUGCAGUAGCAGAUUCUAUCUCAAGGCCACCCAUUUCAAUGUUUACUGGUAACAUGGUGACAAUAAGCUCCUACGAUAAUGCUACUAAAUUAAAUGCUGAUCUCUUAGACAAAAGUUCUGGAGCACGAAACCGAAUGGAUCUCUCGGGUAAAUCUCAGCCAGUGAGCUAUACACAAACUGCCAUGAAUAGAUCUAUACCUUGCAAAGUCAUUGUUGACCACACUACAAAUUUGAAUUCCAGUCUGUCGCUUUCUUCUUCAAUUGAAAAUGCAGAGAACAGCACUGACCUGCAGAGCAGACCUGUGCGGACAGAAGCUGCCUUACAAAGUAUAGCCUGUUCUCAGGUGUCUGUAAUAAGCAGGCCUGAAGUAGUCUCUAAUGAAAGCCUUGAGCACAGUUCCAGCUUUAUCAACAUUACAGCAAAGCAAGACAGCAAGAACUUGCAGGCAGGUUGUUCAAGUCUUCGAGAAGUGCCACUUGCUCCCCAGGAUAAAUUAAUUGAGGUGGUUACUCCCAGCCAAGGUUUUUCUGAGCAGUUAAGAGGUCCUUCAGCAUUUAAAAAUGAAGCAGAUGCUGCCUGUGUCAGUCAGUAUAGCACUAACAAUAGAAUUUGUUGGCAUGAUGAAGAGGCAAUGAGCACAGACCAGCCGGUGGUCAGCCAUCUUAAUGCCAGUAAGCAUAAGGAAUAUGCAGAACAAAACUGCUUAAAAAGUGUCAAAACUGAACCUUCCAGUUACACGCAAAUGUCAGAGCUGCAGUCCAGGAAUCUUUUGACAAGCCUUGCUGUUCCUGUUAAAUCUGAAACUAACGAGUCUGACAAGUGCUUCAGGAUGGACACAGAGGAUUUCACAGGCCCUGAAAUGGCCGCCCAACCCACAGAAAUAGCCCCAAGCGCUCAGCCAGCACAGGCCGCCAAGGCACCCAUUGCGGAUUCCAUGGAUGACUCCCUGUCCCUGACAACAGAAACCCUCAAAAGAGUUACAAGUGCUGGGGGCUCAAGCUGUCGCCUCUCAUCAGUGGAGGCCAACAAUCCUUUAGUGACACAAUUACUGCAAGGCAAUCUGCCUUUAGAGAAAGUGCUGCCGCAGCCCAGAUCAGGAGCCAAACUAGAAAUUAGCAGGCUUCCCUUGCCUUUGCAAACUACCUCAGUAUGUAAAACAGCGGUGUCCGACAGAAAUAUUGGUGAGCAUCCUUCCAGUUCUCCUAACCCAGAUGGUAAAGGAUUUACAGCAGGCAGCAUAGCCCCGCUACAAAUCAGAAAGCGUGAAAACCAUCCGAAAAAGAGGAUGGCCAGGACUAUAGGGGAACAUGCUCAAAUUAAAUGCGAGCCUGGGAAGGUGUCAAUGGACAGCGAUGUUAAAGCAACUCCUUGUGUAAUUAGUUCCAGCAUGAACCAGCUAGGGCAUGGGCAGCCAUUUAAACAAGAGUGGCUGAACAAACAUGCAGUUCAGAGCCGCAUCGCUCACAGCCCAGAGAUCAAGCAGCAGAAGAGGCCAUUGCCUUCGUGCAGUUUCCAGCAGAGCUUAUUUCACAUUGAUAAAAACGGCAGCUUUCAUGCGGAAGCUAGUACCUCACAUAGACAGCAUUUUUACCAAAUGUCCAUGGCUGCGAGAGGCCCAAUUCCCACGGCAUCUUUGUUGCAAGCUACAUCAAAAGGCCCACCUGGCUGCAAUGCGUUUGCUUUUAGCAGACACCUGGAACAGAAGAGCUUGGGAGAUGGGAAUAUUUCUACAGCAGCGCACCAGCUGAGGCUAGGAAGUGUCUUUUCCCCUAGUAUUCAGAUUAAGGAAGGUGAUGACAUUGCCAGUGCCUCUCAGACGCUCCAGAGUAAAACCUUAGUGCAUCCUCCCCCUCCACCACCACCCCUGCCCCCACUUCCCCCUUCUCACCCAAAUGUAGAUGUCCCCUCUGAUCAAAAACAACCGACAGUUACUAUGGAAACCACAAAAAGACUUAGUUGGCCUCAGCCAGCAAGCAUCUGUAGCAAUAUAAAAUCUGAACCUGUUUCUUUUGAGGAAGGUUUAAGCAGCAGCUGUGAACUGGGCAUGAAACAAGCUUCCUAUGAUCAGAACGAAGUGAAAGAACAGUUAAAAGCAUUUGCAUUAAAGAAUGCAGAUUUCUCUUCCUAUUUACUCACUGAGCCACAGAAGCCUUUUACCCAACUUGCUGCUCCAAAAAUACAGACGCAGCACCCGCAGCCACAGCAGCAGCAGCAGCAGCAGCAGCAGCAGCAGCAGCAGCAGCAGCAGCUCUGUGGAAGUUAUCCAACAAUACACUUCGGUAGCACAAGCUUCAAAAGGGCAGCAUCUGCAAUUGAGAAAUCGAUUGGGAUGUUAGGAAGUGGCUCGAACACUGCCAUGGGCCUGUCUAACCAGAACGUGCAGAUGCCGGUUCAGAAAUUUUCUGACAGUAGCAAUGCCGAUGAACUGGAACUGAAAUGCUCUUGCAGGCUGAAAGCCAUGAUCGUGUGCAAAGGCUGUGGCGCCUUCUGUCAUGAUGACUGCAUAGGGCCUUCCAAACUGUGUGUAGCUUGCCUGGUUGUACGGUAGAGACUGGGUCAAAGAUGCAGUAUCCCUUGUCAACGCGGGAGAAUAGGGCAGAGGAAUGGAGGGAUGGAACAGUUUAGGCCAUUAACAGUUUGCAAUUAGUUGUUUGGCUGUUUAUUUUUGUUAUUUUUUUCCCCCUCUUGGUGCUUUCAGAAUUCAAUUAUUCUGGCCUAAGUGCCAUUUGCAGGAAAGAAGAGGAAACCUGUAGGACUAGUUUAAAAAAAACUGAGAGCUUUGCCACCAAAGCUUCUAUGAGCAUUCAUGCUAUGUUAUGAAAAGAUUAAAAAAAAAAAAAAAAAAAGGCGUUAUUGCAUGGCAUUCCUAGCUCCUAUUUAUUUGCACAAAGUGCAGCACAUUUCCCCCCACUUUUUUGAUUGUUGAUAGAAGCUACCGGUUAAAGAUCAGUGGAAAAUUAACUCUACGAGAAAUGGAGUACUAUGCAGAACUGCACACUGCAUGCCAACUGCCUAUCAUGUGGGCAGGGUGUGCACAUUGGUCAUGGUAGCCUCUCAGUUACUUUGCAGUUUUUCUGCUAAUUGAAUUGUUUUUUUAAAACUUGUACUGUCUAGACCUAAAAUAUAGUCACCUCACUUAGCAAAAAAUGAGGAAUUUAGAUCAUUAGAAGAGUUUCCUCACGUGCCUGCUGGAGAUUAUGAAACUGAAAUCUUACUUAUCAUCUCUUCUCCUUGAUUCCUUGGGAAAGACUCGUAUUAGUGAUGGGUUAGUGAGACCAGCACUGGAAUCACGUUGCCUUCAGUAGAGUCUUGAGAAAGUAACUUUUCUACUGGGAAUUAGAAGCCUCUUUUCCUGUUUCCUCAAAUAUUCUUUGUAUUUGUCUCUCUAAUCUGUCCACUUGGUUCGUCAGCCCCAAAUGUAUAUAGGGUCAGACGUAUGUAAUAGGUUCUGGAUAUUUUAGCCGUCCUGUGGUCUAAAAUCAAUGCAUUUUUAUGAUGAAUUAAUAAGGAAAUAUUCUAAUUGUGUAUUGAUUGAAUACUAGAUUAUCUGUUAUUUUUCCUUUUAUGUGAGUUACUCAAAAUAACAUCUGAAUUUUGUCACUUAAAAUCAUUCUUAAGCACUACUUUUUCUUCUUUUUUUUUUUCCCCCCCGAAAGAAAUGUAGACCUCUUACUCUACAUUUUAGAAAUUUGAAAGCGAAAAGGCAUUUUUUAAAGGGAUACUGCAUCUUUAAAGUGAUCUUCAGUAUUUAUCCAGUACUGUAUUUAAAUUUAGGACUAUAGUUGCAUUCCAUAUGUGUGAGCCACCAUUACAGCAGAUAAGAGAAACAAUAAUUUGGGGGCCCUAUACACCUAAAAGGAAAAUAUUAUAAAGGGAUAAAGCACGUGCAGUUGCUGGGGAGAUGAAAAUUCCUGUUUUUUUUUUAACUCCCACUUCAAGAACACAGAAUGUAGAGUGCAAAUCAUCCAUCUGUUAAUACAUGAUUGGGUCUGCCCAAAUGUAAGCAUCAGAGAGAAAUGUUAUUUUUACCAUUACAGUAGCACCUCAUUAAUCAAAAGGCCUUCCAAUCUGCUCAAGAAAACUGGUUUUCUUUUCACAGUUCUCAGAGCAAUGUAAUAAGAGUGUAAUAAGUGUGCAUCAGGUGUAAUACUGUUUAGAUCUCAGCAUUACUUAAGUAUAUAAUGCUGCAGUUACUGUGGCAUUCUGAAAUAUUGUGAAUUAAUAUUAAUGUGAAUGAAUUUAGGAAAUUAAUGAUUUUAGGAAACAGCAUACUACAUUUUACACAGUACUUUUUAAAUUCAAUCUGUGUUUACACACUUACUAGUAAGCUGUAACGGGUCUCCGUGACGCUGGUAUUAGUGAGGUCCUACUGAAUGGAGGAAUCACAUUUAUUUCCUUGUGGGACCAUUUUUGGAAACAUGAUAAAUGCCGUUUGUUGUCUUAACAUUGAGCUGGAAUAUCUACAACAUACAUUCCUGUCAUAGGAAGCUCUAUGGUGCACCUUGAUGUUCUCUUUUAUUGUAAUUAGCAACAUAUCAAUAUUAUUUUUGACACUGUGUGAUACAAAGGCCAUUUAUAAUUACACUAACAAAUUUGUUGCUGAUACAAUAAUAUAUUUUUUCUGUACAAAAGUGCUCCUUAAUAUGAAAUGAGAGUUAAGAAACGGCUUCUCAGCACUUUCACGUCUCCUCGUAAGACAAUAUGCCAGCCAAGCAAAAACCUAGAAGUAAUCUGUGAAAAUUUGCACUCAGUGGUAUGCUGCUGGAAAAAUAGCGACUGGAAAAUACUCAUGGGUAAGCAUGAGUGUAGUCAGUUCAUGCAUAUCAAGUUCAUAUUUGAGGAGCCUUUGUAUUGGAAUUGUAUUGCAUUGUAUUUAUACUUGGUAUAGGUAGGAUGCUUCUAUUUAAAAUGAAGAGAGCGACCAGUCUUAGACUUCUUAUAACCUGUGUUUAUAUUAGCCUGCUGGGAAUCCUUAUUUCUAGCUCAGGUUUUCCUGUCCACAGCACAUAAGUCAAUAUUUGUUUGUACUUGCAUCUUGAAAUACUUCUUGUAUUGACUAACAUCAUACAGAAAUAAAUUCCAGCCACAAAAAUAGUUUUACUUUGUUCAAAGGAUAAGAGUGUGACUAAUGUGGUAGGUAACUCAUUCAUGUCAGAUUGACAUAUUUGUAUCGGGAUUGCAACUUGCAUGUGUGAGGUCAUGAUAAAAUGUUAUUUAAAGUGGCAUUAGACUAAAUGGUGCUAUGUUGUGUUACACCACUGACCAAACUCUUCCAUAGUGCAGUUCCAUUUCUUUCAUUCACGAGUCACUGAAAUUGCACCAGGAAUAAAUUUGACCAAUUAGUUAACAACAGUUGUGAAGUGUUGUUACAGAAAAUAGUUUUAGGUUAUUGAAAUAUUCAAAAGCAACUGCAGUGAUAUGGGAACCCACUUAGUAGGACUGAAAAUCUUUCUUGCAUUCUCAUAUCACACAAAUGCUUGGGGAAGAGUGACCUAUGGUCCUAAAGCAGAACACAAUCACCUUUAGAAGUUAAUUUUGAAUGACUCCUUUUCUUUUGGGCUUCACACCCAAUGUCAUUCUGUUUUCUUAUGACUGUGCAGUUUGCACCAUUGGGUGUUAAUAGUUUAUGCACUGAAAAGUGGUGAAAGAAUUGCUUGGGAACACACUGCUCUGUGUUUGUGUGUACAUAUGUGUUCCAAUGUCCAGCACAUAUUAUUUACUUCUUUUUUUUUUUUGUAAAUCUCCAAAUCUGUUCCCCUCUCCUAACUCCCACUCCUACCCCUGAAGCAGCACUUUUGGGUGAAAGGGAGAAACACUCCUUUUUUCUUUCCUCCCUCUUUGUUUUUGUUAAUUGCAUACCUGCGAGUUAUGCAGGUAACAUUAGGGCAUUUGCAGUGUGUGUAUUUGCGUGUUCCUGUUCUGAACUAGUUUUCCAAGAAGAAAUUCCCUUUGAAAUAACAUAAAAAAGAAAAAAAGGAAAAAAAAAAAAAAAAAAGGAAA